AGGAGGCGGAAGCGAAGAAGAAGAAGUUAAAUGAUUUGGCGCCGCGGCUGCCGCUAAGCUAGCCGCUAAGCUAGCCGCUGCUGUAGCCUCCUCUGUCCGCCAUGGAGGAACUUUUUAACAAAGUCUUGCUGGUUCACCUGAAGCACAAGGACUGCGAGGAGAGAAAAGCGAAUGUCCGAGUCACCGUAGAGCUGACCACGACCCCGGUCCACCGCAGGGACCUUCUAGUGAAGCUGACGGACGACGCCGACCCCUUCUUCCUCUUCACCCUGCCCGUAUCAGAGGAGGAUUAUCAAAGCCUGAAGGUGCAGCAGGGCCUGCUCAUCGACUUCGCAUCAUUUCCUCAGAAGUUCAUAGACCUGCUGAACCUGUGCAACGCCGAGCCAGACGCCGACAACCCCAGGUUCCUCCUGCAGCUGACCUGCCAGCCUGUCAUGGCGGACAGCAGCGCCACCUUCAGCGUGGUGGAGAUGAACGCUUUCAAGCACCUGAACCACCUGUCGCUGAGGCUCCUCCAAGGCUCAGACAGAGAAGUCAAGGACUACCUGGCUGCACGCCUGUCCUCUCUGAAGGCAGAGAAGCUGGCCUUAGACGUGAAGCUGAAGGAGACUGAGGAGGAUCUGUCCCGGAAGCUAAGCUACACUCAGCAGACGCUGUCAGAGAAGACCAAAGAGCUGGAGAAGCUGCGCUCAGAAUGGACCAAUCACAGCAGCUCUCUGUCCAGCCGCCAUUCUGAGGAGCUGCAGUCACAGAGGGAGAAGAUCCUGGAGGUAAGACCUUCAUCCUUCCUUCAUCUGACUGGAUCCGACUGACCGGCCCCGGGACGCCAUAGAUCCAACCGCAGGACGCCAUAGAUCCAACCACAGGAGGCCAUAGAUCCAACCGCAGGACGCCAUAGAUCCAACCGCAGGACGCCAUAGAUCCAACCGCAGGACGCCAUAGAUCCAACCACAGGACGCCAUAGAUCCAACCGCAGGACGCCA